AUGGCGAAGGAUGAUCCUUUGGACAAUCCACUGGACGCGGCCCUGCCAGAUGAUGAUGUUUCUGGGGAUGACUAUGACCGGGAUGAGGACUUCGACGGAGAUUACCAGGGCGGAGAGGGCCUUGAGCUGAAGGGCCCAGAAGAGUUGGCCAUGGACUUUGAUGUGUUUGGGAGAUACGUGCAAAGCUCCCAGACAGAAAAUGGCAAGCCGGUGUUCCUUGGGCCUAAAACGGAAGGGGCACGGCCAAGCAUUGCUUUUACCCUGGGUGGCGAUGACAAGCCUACAUGGUGGAUUUGUGAUGCGUCCGGCGGCGAGUGCUUCUACGCCGAGUGCGAUGCUGAUCGUCCCCCGAGGACCGGUUGGCGAAACUAUUCAGACGCAGAGGUUGAGCUCGUUCUGGAGGCUCGCUGCCAGCAGGAUUCUCCAGCAAUCUGUGACAGAGACCAGCAACCUGUUAGUCAAGCACACAAACCAGUCGAACAAAAUCUGAGAGACACCGAUUUUAGCAGCUGGGCACGCGUUGAAAAUCACCACGCAGACAAAGAGCCACUGAAAGCUAUCGGAGAGGGCAAUGCUUGGUAUGAAGACGCCAUGGCUGCCUUUUCCCAGCUUUGGGAGUACUGGCACGCCCGACAGUAUGAGCAGGCAGCCAGUGAGGCUUGCCGACUGGUUGCAGUGGUUGCAGUGGAGGAGGAGACACUGCAAUCAGAGGCAGACCUGCUGGCCGCAGCUGGUGCUGUACAUGCCUUCGAACAUGGCCAAAACUGGUCUGAAGAGCAAAGAUCGGUAGCACUUCUGGGGCGUAACUGUUGCAACAGAGUGGCUGAGCGACAUCUUCGCAGUGGAAACUGGCAUCAGGCUGCACGAUGGUGCGCAAUUGCCUGGCGACUUGAGGGCGGCGAAAGCUUCGCCAGCCUUUGGCUUGAAGAUGGCAGUUGGGCAGCAGCGCGCUUUCAGCGCUUAUUCCACGCAGCAGAAGCCUUUCGGCUGGCGGGGAAAGGAAAGACAUGCUCGCAUCCCGAGAGGCAGGCCUACUUGCAAGCUUCCCGACGAUGCCUGGACACCUGCGAGGUGAUCCUCCAGAGGUGCCAUCCUUGA